CCCGAGUGCUGGGAUUACAGGUGUGCGCCACCACCGCCCGGCCUUGUUGUUGUCUUUUAAGAUAGGGUCUCAUGUGUAGCCAGAAUAUUCGGCACUUUAUGAGGUUGGGGGAUCUAAACGGAAGUCCAUCUAUGUUUAAUUUUAGUUGUGAUGCUUCUCUGCAGUUAAAUAAAAACUUAAUAGUCCAGGCCAUCCAGCUACAUGGUGAGACCCUGUCUCAAACAAACAAACAAAUAGUAAAAACAUUCCAAAAGUACCAUUUAUAACAUCAUAACAUUGUAUAAGUAUUGUGGAGGGGCCCUUAUAACUUCUUUUUGAGAAUGGUUUCAGCAGCCCCAUCUCUGGGGGUGACCUCGGUUGACGAUGGUCGAGAUGCUGCAAGCCUCCCUUGUGAGCCUGACUCCCCUAGACAGGCCCUUGGAGUUCUGCUGGUCAUGGGGGUGCUGCCUCAAUGCUUGUCCACAUUGUCCCCUCCCGGGGAGAAACCCAGAGAAACUGUACCUCCUGUGCAGGAGCAGACUGCAGGACAGAGCAGGGACAGAUUUGCCAGCUGACCUAACUUGACCCCACCACCUUCGUCAGACCAUCUGGUCCCUGGGACAGACCCACAGCGAACUUCUGGGGGCCUCAGUUUCCUUGUCUACAAAGCAAGAGAAGCGGAGCCCGGGAGCUUAAUUUUAGCCAGGCCUGGAGUGAGCGACCUGACAUCCCGCCACUGGGGAGGCGGCGGCAGGAGGAUUGCAAGUUUGAGCCCGCCUGGGCCACCUGGUCUGGAUCCGGCGCUAAAACGCGGGUUAAUCUAUUCAGGUCGGAGAGGUGGCAAAGGGUACGGUGACUAGCCUGCCCGGGGCCACUGUCACCCUGAUCUGCCCUGGGAAGGAAGCAGAAGGCAAUGUCACCAUUCGAUGGGUGUACUCCGGCUCACAACACAGACGGUGGACGACCAUGGGAAACACCCUGCUUCUGAGGGCAGUGCAGCUCAGUGACACGGGGAACUAUUUGUGCUUCCUGGAUGGCCACCUGGUGGGGACUGUGCCCUUGCUGGUGGAUGUUCCUCCAGAGGAGCCCAAACUCUCCUGCUUCCGGAAGAACCCCCUUGUAAGUGCUACUUGUGAGUGGUUCCCAAGCAGCAGCCCUUCUCCAACGACCAAGGCUGUGCUGUUCGUGAAGAAAAUCAACAGCACCAACUCCAAGAGUGACUUCCAGGUGCCCUGCCCGUAUUCUCAGACGUCCAGAAGCUUCUCCUGCCAGGUGAAAAUCCUAGAGGGUGAAAGAGUUUACCACAUAGUGUCACUGUGUGUUUCGAACAGUGUCGGGAGCAGUUCCAGCAGCCACGUGGCAUUUCAGAGCUUAAAAAUGGUGCAGCCUGACCCGCCUAUGAAUCUGGUCGUAUCGGCCAUACCUGGAAGGCCUCGCUGGCUCAACGUCAGCUGGCAAGACCCCGAGUCCUGGGACCCACGUUACUACAUGCUGAAGUUUGAGCUUCGAUACCGACCCGUGUGGUCAAAGACAUUCACCGUGUGGCUGCUCCGGGCGGCCGAGUACCAGUGCAUCAUCCAUGAUGCCUUGCGAGGCGUGAAGCACGUGGUGCAGCUCCGUGGAAAGGAGGAGCUUGAGACUGGCCAGUGGAGCGAGUGGUCCCCGGAAGUCACGGGCACUCCUUGGAUAGAGCCCAGGAGCACUCCCGCAGGGAUCCUUGGAAGCCCCACACAGGUCUCUGACGAGGACUAUGACGAUGAGGAGGAUUGGUACAGUUCUCUAGAAGCAACAAGCAGCCCGGCCUCAGCGCAAGAAUCUUCCUCAGUAUCGCUUCCCACAUUCCUGGUGGCUGGAGGAAGCAUGGCGUUUGGGUUUUUCCUCUGUGUCUGCAUCAUCUUGAGGCUCAAGAAGACAUGGAAGCCCCAGGCCGUGAAGGAGAGCAAGAAGAGUUCUCCCCCGCCAUAUUCCUUGGGGCAGCUGAAGCCGACCUUCAUCUUGGUCCCUCUCCUCACCUCCGCAGGGUCCCCCGACAGCUCUAGGCCUGACAAUACCUUAAGCCACAGCUGCCUGGGUGUCGGGGACCUGCAGAUCCCGUAUGGCACCAGCCAUAGAGACUACUCAUUCCCCAGAUAGACGUCCGGAUGGUGCCUGGCAGCUCGCACGGCGUCAGGAGAUGGGCACACAUGUUUCUCACCGCCAUUCCGGUUCACUUGGGUCCCGGGUGGGUGGGGGUGGGGCUGCAGCCCCGUUUCCCACAAGAACCUUGCAGAAGAUUCGGAACGGGUCAAGACUGGUGUGCUGCAUGCUCCAAAGGAAGGGCUUGUGAGGGACACAGGCCCCCGUGAAGAGACCCGCGGGGACUCUGGAUAGAGGUGCUCGUCAUCCACAGCCUUCACAAGCUGCACCCUCAGCAUAGCCUCAGGUAGAGGUGCCAAAGGUUGCCCCAGUUGCCUAGCUCUGGCUCACUGCCCUAACCCACCUUUUAGCUUGAACUCUUAAAAUCCAAGCGCCUUUGACAUUCUCUUUUCCGAGGCCAGUGAGGCUGGGGAGGGAACUCGUUCCUUCCUUCCUCCUCAGUACCUGGAAAGCCACUGGAAAAGCAGCUGCAAGUCCCGGCUGCGGUGACUGAUAACUCAGGGCCUGAUGGUUUUAAAGGGAAUGACAAUUAGCGUCUUAUGAGCAUUUUCCAAAUGUGAAUGAUGAUCCCAGGCACUGCUGACUGUAGAAGUUUUAUUUCCUUCUUUGAUCUCAGGACUUCAGGAGAAGAGAAGCAGAAAGGAAGUCGGGAAGGACAGAUGUCCACUGUCCCUGUUGUAGUUGAGGGGGACACAGCCUCUGAAAACACGUUUUCUGCCCCCCACUCCCAGGGGAGGGAUGGUGUCAGUGAGGACCUCAGCCAGGGCAGAGUGCAACUGCUUUACCCCGGCCUUGCCCAUACUGGUUUCAACUGGACCUGAGCUACUAGAAAAGAUGACAUUCAUGCAAAAGGAAAACCUUAACUAGCAAGAAAGCAUUUUUAUUUUGCUUUUCACGAAACUGUUUCCUGAGCCAGCUGGUAGUGGCGGUGGCGCACGCACGCCUUUAAUCCCAGCAUUUGGGAGUCAGAGGCGGGAAGAUGUCUGUGAGUUCGAGGACAGCCAGAGCUACACGGAAAAACCUUUCUCAGAAAACAAACAAACAAACAAACAAAAGAAAACUGUUGCCUGUUUCUCUUGAUUCUGGAAGAGGCCACUCACUGUGUGCUUGUGUGUGAGCCACCCCUGGGAGUGGGGGUGGGGGACGACACAGUGGCUUUGUUUAGCGCAAAAGCCAAGUCAAGUGAACAUCGAGAAAAACGACUGUGUUCUGUAACAGAAAAGACUUCAGUUUCAUUCUGUAUCUUUUUUUUUUUUUGGCCUAAAAAGUACAAAAAUAGUCUGUACUCGGCUCCAGGGAAUGAACGCUUGCCAGGCUCAGGAAGGAAGGUGUCCGCUUCCUGUGAUACCUCACUGCCACCGUGGCCACGCUACAGAGUCCCUCCUUCCAGUCCCCUCCGGCUUCUCCCUGGGGCUUUGAGAAUUCCGUGAUAUUAGCGGUCACCCAGGAGACAGCGAGCGGUGCUGUGAUUAAAGUGAUUUUGCAGUCAUUAAUUCGCCUGUUUACCAGAUCCCAACACCUUGCUAGUGGCCUACCUUUUCGGAAAAUGCCACCACCACGGGACAGGUGGUGGGGCUCAGGAGUCGUCAGUGUGCUGUCUGCUCUGCCGCGCCAAGGUGCCGCUCUCUUAAGCAGGUAGCUGUUUCCUUUUCGGGUUUUGUACGUUUCAGGGCCUGUGCUGUCUUAGAAAAAGGUGUAAGUUGACAGAAAACAGGCAGGUAUUCAUGUCUUUUUUUUUUUUCCCUCCUUUGCUAAGUUUCUGGGACUCAAGAGUAGCAAAAAUGCUGUGAAAGGGAAAUAUUAGAAAUAGCGAUCUUCAGGGGAUAGGUGAGUGUGCCCACGCACACACGAUUCUUCAGUUCUUCACAUGGCUUUGCCCACACCCUGUUACCAAAGCCAGGCAGAGCGAGCUGGUGGAAGAUUGAAAUCCAGAUAUCUCAUUAUCUCUGAAAGCCAAAGAGCUUUGAUCUCCAAGUUGUUAUUGCUUUCGCUAUUAUUCUAACAGGACAGCCUCCCCGCCCCGCAGUAUCAAAAGGAUGCUUUUUCCUUUUUCCUUUUGACUCUCAAUAAGCUAAUGCCAAGGAAGUCGUUCCAUCUGAGCUCCAGCGUCGCCCAGUGCACACAGGUAUUGGCCCUCAGCUGCUUCUGGCCUCAAAUCUGUGCUGGCUGAAUGCGUGUCUCCAUCCUUGGGUUGUUCUUACUGGCGUUUCUGCAGCCCCACAGGCCGGCUGCCUUGUCCACAGUAUCAUCAUCACUAACUGAACACCUGCAGUCAGCAACCAGGCAGCCAGAUGUGGAGGGUUUAGACAUGGGUUAAACAUGACCUCCCCUGCAUGGUAGGAGGAGAACUCGUACCGGCUCAAGUUCUAAGGUGAUCUCUGGUUCUUCUGGCUUUAGUGAAAUAGCUUUGAAACCUUUCAAGCAUCGGCUGUGCGCCCGAGACGUUUGGUGACUGAGUGCUUUUUUUCCGUGAGCAUUUUCUUUGCAGUUUCUCGCCUGACUCUACGCUCCCGUUGAGUUUUUGCCAUGUCCCUGAUGUCUUGGGAGAAAGGAAACUGGCGUGGGGUUUACUCCUGGAAUUGGGUAGGAGCCAGUGUGGAGCCGAGCCCAGCAGGGUGGGCCAGGGUCGGCCAUGCUCUGCAGGUUUAAAGAGCGCCUGGCUCGCUUGACUCCUUCUUCCCCUAGCAGUUCUGUAUGGCUGACCUAUUUGGGGAGGAUUCCCGCACUCGGCUGCAGGUGGAGGUGAGAAACCUGUCUUCAUUUGGAGAGGCAGGCUCAUCCCCAGAACCUUUGCCAUGCUACAGCCGACAGCGAGACUGUGGCUGGAGGAGGCAGGCCGGCUGGCGCAGGCCCUGGUACUGGGGAGGGUCUGCCAAAGGUCUUUGCAGCCCUGGUGUGGUUGGGUGCCAGUUCCAGGGAGUUUCUAUGACAACCUUAAUGCUUAUUAAGGAACACUGUCAGUUUUGUGACCAUAUGCUCAGAUGGAGAGCUAGUUUGCAGGGAAAGCUGGUACAGUGUGUAGCAAGCUGGAACGGACAGAGACUUUCUUGGCUGGAGAUCAUACCCUUUAAGCAGAAUACCUCAGUGUUAUAUGUGUUUGCUUUUGAAACAAUGUUUUUAAGGAUUUUUUUUGUUUGUUUUUUAAUUUUUUUACCCCUGUGUUACCUGCAAGCUGAUACCUAAGCUGUUUCUGCAAAGUAGUCUAAUACUUUUUUUCAAUGCUUUUUUUUUUGGGGGACCACUGUUUGCUUUAAAGUGGAAAUUGUAGCUGUUUGAAAUAAAUCCUUUCUAAAACUGCA